UCCUGCACUCCCACCCGCCAGGGGGGAAGCGCUCUCGAGAGCCCGCGAAAAACGAGACGACGACGACGACCACUUCCCGGGCUCUCCGGAACACCCAGCAGCGCUCUGACGGCCGGGAGACCCACUUCCGCUUCCGGGGCACCCCGGCGCCGGAAGCGCUCUUUCCGGAGCGUUGCGUGGCCGUGCGAAUCCGAAUAGGGCGGGGCGAGGCUGGCGCUCAGGCACAAUCUCGCGAGAGCUGGGGCUUGAACUUCCGGGACGCAAUGGCGGCGGCGGCGGCGGCGGCCGCUGCAGCGGUGGGCCUGGGCGUGCCGGCCCCUGCUCGCGGGGCUUCUGGGCGCCCUGUUUUCCUCCGGACUCCCUCUUCUGUUUGCGCUAAGAUUGUGCAGCUCCUGGGACAGAAUGAGGUGGACUGUCGUCAGAAGCAGGUGGUCAUCCUGAGCCAGGAUAGCUUCUAUCGUGUCCUCACUUCGGAGCAGAAGGCCAAAGCCCUGAAGGGCCAGUUCAAUUUUGAUCACCCGGAUGCCUUUGACAAUGAACUCAUCUUCAAAACCCUCAAAGAAAUCACUGAAGGGAAAACAGUGCAGAUUCCUGUGUAUGACUUUGUCUCCCAUUCCCGGAAGGAGGAGACAGUCACUGUCUACCCCGCGGAUGUGGUGCUCUUUGAAGGGAUCCUGGCCUUCUACUCCCAGGAGGUGCGAGACCUGUUCCAGAUGAAGCUUUUCGUGGACACAGAUGCGGACACCCGGCUCUCCCGCAGAGUAUUAAGGGACAUCAGCGAAAGAGGGAGGGACCUUGAGCAGAUUUUAUCCCAGUACAUUACGUUCGUCAAGCCUGCCUUUGAGGAAUUCUGCUUGCCAACCAAGAAAUACGCUGAUGUGAUCAUUCCGAGAGGUGUAGAUAACCUCGUGGCCAUCAACCUCAUUGUGCAGCACAUUCAGGACAUCCUGAACGGAGGGCUCUCCAAACGGCAGACCAAUGGCUAUCUCAACGGCUACAUCCCUUCACGCAAGAGGCAGUCAUCGGAGUCCAGCAGCCGGCCACAUUGACCCCUGUCUCCUUCAGACCCGGCCCCUACCUUCAAGAGACAGGAGGAGGGAUCAAGAGGCUCUGUUCAUCCGUACAUGUGGUUUCCUAUGACAUUUGCUGUAUUUAAGAAAACACCAUGGAGAUGACAUGCCUUUGUUUUUCCUUUUUUUUUUUUUUUUUUUGCUUCGGAGCGGCGAAACGAAAUCGAAUUUGACCCUGAGCUUAAAUGACAAACUGUGCCAACUACUACUGGUGAUGCCUAAUUAUGAAUCCAACGUGUAACCAGUUAUAAAUACAUACAUAUAUAUAUAAAAGGAUCUAUUUUUGUGUAAAUGUACAAAUACUGUAAAGCUGUUUGCUGUAAGUAUUGUGCAGAAGGGCCUGUAUUUGAGUGUUUGAGACUCGAGCUGGAGUCUCACCGAGAGGCCGUUGCUGCCGUGUUCCGGGAGUGGGGUGGGAUGGGGCUCAGGCUCAGGCAGGGGUGUGGGGGGAGGCGGGCAGCGGAGGAAGGAGGCGCAUCUCACGGCUGUAGUCUCUGCAGCUGGAGGAUGGUGGAGUUGGGAGCCUUGGGUUGCCCCUCCCCUGCCAGAUGCCACCUUCUUGGAGCUGGAACUUAAUGGUGUGUCGACAAGAGAUACUCUUUCCUUUUUCCUUUUCUUUUCUCUGCUUUUCUUCUUCUUCUUCUCCUUUUUUAAUUGUUUUCAUUUUUUUGAGUUGAAAUUAGGCAAGACCUCAGCUCAAAAAUCAAACUCAGGGAAGAGACCCACUGAGGAGAACAAGUCUUCUGUGUUUUCUCCUUGCCCGCUGCCCCACCUCUGGCUGCCCGGGUCGCUCCUGCCCCUCCCUCCCUCCGUCCACUUCUCAGCGUCUCCAGAAGCCAGAGCUGCCUCUCCCUCCUUCCCCGAAAGGGAUCUAUCUGAUUGGCUCAUUUCCCAGUAAGAUGGGGAAGGAGAGAGUAGAAUGGGACCUGCCGUGGUGUUCGAGGAAACGCUGGCUCCCCCUGCCUCCCAGGGAACUCCUCCAGCAGAGUCCUUGGGCCUUGCUCCGCAGGUGGCCUCCGGAGUCUGGGCUUCUGGGCUUCGGCUGGGGACUUCUGCUGGCAGAAGGACGGCUGGCGACCACCCUUCACAGGGUGGUGAGGGCCCUGCCCGUGCGGGGAGUGAGUGCGAGUUUCUGUUCGCCCAGACUCAGGGACUGGUGGCCGGAUGGUCCCUAGCAGCGGCCCGGCAGGCUGCCUUAGGCCAUAGUUACAGGGUUAGAGACGCCCACCUGUCCUGAGGGCUCCCUCUCCGGGAGAGGUACAGAUGCCUGCAGAUCCUUGGGGGAGGAGGUGGGACCAGGCCAGCCCUCGCAGGUAUGACGCUAGGGUCCUCAAGCCUCCGCUUUUAACUGCAGACGAGCCAGAGGCUUUCAUUUCUUGGUUGACCACGUCUGUGCCCUCCAGGCCAGGCUGGCAGCUGCCCCACGGCGGCUGCCGGCACCCGAAAUGUUUUGGGGAACCUUCUCCCUCCAUUGCUUUCCUAGCCCACUGGAGCCUUUCAGGAAAACCUGACACUGCUACUCUCGAGUCACACCGAACUGUCCCUCUGACCUAGUGACCUCCACCUUUGGUCCCCCUUUUCUGGACUCCAUUCGGCUCUCACUCUGUUUGGCUGUUUCAAAAAGUCAAACCUCCUCCCCCGCAGAGCCUCCCCCACCCGAGACUUUCAGGAGACGGCUGCGGGCUCUGCAGGGAGCUCCCUGUGGCAGCCGCUGCCCGCUCGGAGCACGGGGAGGCUCCCGAGGUGCCUCCAUCUAAGGCCGGUCAGCUCACCGGGUUGAAUACGUUCUGGAAUGUUUCAGAACCAGUAUUCUCUUUGUCGUCGUGCCCUGUAUGGUUCUAAGAUGAAGGGCGGGUGGCAGGCUUGGGUUAGGAUCCUGAGGACCCAAGGCCUUGCUGGGGCUUCCCUGUGCUCAGGGGCAGCCCACCCCCGUCUGGGGGAGCCUUGGCCUUUCGGUGGGUAGCUCAUUCGACUGUACUUGAAGCUCCCAGGUGCCAAACCAUUUAGUGCCUUGGCUGUCUGUCCCACUGCCUUGGAAGAUGGAGUCUUCUCAUCUCUGAGCCUUGACGUCCUUAGCUGCUUCCUCAUCUACCUGUGGUGUUGGGACCAAGCCUCCAGUGUCUCUGAGUAGCCCAGUCCUCGCUGGGAAAUGGCUCGAGGGCUGCCUGGCCUCCUGGGAAAACCAUCACCCAUGAUUCUUGGUGGCUUGGCUUGGGGCACCGGGCUGUGCCUACUGGGCAGCACCGGCAACUCCCUCGGUUCUGUGAUACACUGUGUCUGGAGCAAGUAAGGGAUGAGCAGCUCUGCCCCCGUGUGGCCACCCCAGCAUUCAGCUAACUCUCUGAACUUGAGCUUUCUAUAUGACAAAUCCUGGGCUUGGUAUUUUGAGAGUCACUAGAUCUCUGGUUCCACUGGAGAGUCAGGGGUAGGCUCCUUAGACCAGACACCAUGACCCUAGGCCAGAAACCAUGACCUGAGUGCUCUGGGUCCCCUCUGUGGUCCAGGGGGGAGGUACCGACAAGCUGGAUGGGGUAAUGUUGACUACGUGUGCAUGGGAGUCCUGUGGCUUCAAAGCUGCCCAAUGGUGCUUGCUUCUCCCCCACACCCCACUCCCCGGCCCAGGCAUGACCCACAGACCAAGUGUUUUGGGGAACAAGCAUCCAAGCUUUGUGUCCUGGGAAGGCCUGACCUCAUAACUCUUUCAUGCUAAUGGAACUUGUGCUGACCCGGGUUUCUUUUUCUUGGGCAGCCUGAGGCCGGUAGGGGCAGAGAGACUGUUGGAGUCUGUAUGAGGAGCCCGCAAGUAUUUAGACCCGAGGAGGUGAAUUUGGUUUGCAGUGAAUAGGAUGGACCCUCGAGGCGGUUAGACAAGGGGAUCCCUGAAGAACAGGCCAGGGGAGGUCGCCAGGGAAGGUCUCCAGUUCAUCCUCCAGAGCCAGCGGUUCCGGCGACAACUUGCUCUGGUCUUGGCUGCCCAGUGGUCACGUGGAUGCUGCUGCCCUCCCUCUCCUGGGCUCAGCAGCGAACACUUGUCUCUGGGCCCAGGGCAGAUUGCCAGUCUCUCGUUAGGCCACUAGGUCAGACUGGAGGCUCCUCAGAGCGGUUGGGAAGCAAGAGGGACGGGAGCCCAGUCAGUUUGUGUAUCGCCUUUGCUGUCCUUGUUCAGCACCCUUGAUCUGUGCUAACACCUAAAGGCUGGCAGAGGGAAGGGCAGCGUUUUCUUCUGCUCUGGAGUCUCACCCCUGCCUGUCAGUGAGUCCAGCAUCAGGGACCCAUGCUGGGUUAGGCAGGCUAGGGCAGGUUCUGGAUUGCAGGGCUGUGCUUCUGGGAAGGACUGCCUAGAUUUCCCUAACUGCCCUUCACCCUACCUCAGGGUGGGGUGGGGUGGGGGGAACAGGCCUGGUGUGCAGUACAAGGCAGAGGACAGGCUGGGGAGAGCACUGGGGUCAGUGUGGGGUUCAGAGUCCCCUUUGAUCUUUUGUCUUGGGGCCCCGUGCUGCCCUCCUUACUAGGCCAGGUGGCUGGUGUUCCAGUUCAGCUUCCUUGCUGCUCUUAGAGGCAGUGAGGGCCUAGCUGGUCCUGCCUCAGGAACAGGGUGAGUAGCUAGAGACGUAGGCUUGCUUUCUUUCUUUCUUUCUUUCUUUCUUUCUUUCUUUCUUUCUUAUGCUUGCUCUUCUCCUUUUCUUUCUACCACCCUGCCCUUAUUGUUAGUAGCUACAAAAAUGACCACAUACUAUGUACUUUGCUGUAAAUAAAGACUGAACAACAACAAAAGAGCCAA